AUGGGAUAAAUAGAAUCUAUAGAAAAUAAUAACAUAGAGUCUAAUAACUUACCAUAAAUUCAAGGAGCAGCUGUCUAGAAGACAGGAGAGGCCACUGGAGAUAAUUAAAACCAGACUUAAAAUCCAACUCCUACUGAUAGAGCAAACUUAUUUGGAGAAAAAGAAAAGCCCGAACCGAAAAUAUACUUAAAACUUAACUUGCCAACUCAUAAGCAACUAACGAUUCUUGGAAAUUAGGAAUUUAGAUCACUACUUAACCUUGAGAAAUAAACAUCAGACUAUGUAUUUUGCAAACUUGCGAAACUGCAUAAGAAUCUGAACUCUUAAAAGGAAAUAUAGCAGUUCUAGAAGUGCAAAUCUCUCGCUUCUUUCUAAACAUUCGGAGCCCACACCGAGGGUAGAAUGUUCUCCCCUGAUAAGUCUAAAAAGGUCUAUAAUCCUCAUAACGCUUCAACUCUAUCAAUACUAGGGACGCUUAUCAAGGAAAAUAAAAUAAAAAAGUGGAAUCAUGACACUGUCAACAUCUAUGAAGUGCUUUGUGGAAUGGCUGUGCUUGCCUAUGCAAAUUACUUCUAAAAGAUAAGGUUCAUUUAUACUUUAUUUGACUUCGAUGGGAAUUAAGCUCUAGAUAUUAAUGAGGUUUCUAUAAUGGUUAUAUGCUUUUGUGCUGGGUGGGCAAGAUAUACAGAUAUAGUUAUGCCGUCAAACAAAAAGCUUGAAGGCUUCGGAGAAUACGUAUCAGAGACAGUUCCAGAUGGAAAGAUAUCGAUCUAGGAGUAAUUUGAUAUUCGUUAACAAUUUAGUCUUGGCCACUGGAUAGAGGUAAAUGAUGAAAUAAUGGGAAUGCUGAGUAGGUAUGAGCCUCCUUUGGAAGUUGAUGAGAAAGAUUCAACAUUUCUUAAGCUCGAAAGAAAUAGAUCUGAUCUAGUCCAAAAUAGUUAAACUCCUUUGUUGAGUCAAAACACUACUAUGUACUCAUAGAAAUAUGAUUCAAAUAACAAUUUGAUAAGAGAAUAAGUUAAGUUGCCUGCAAUUGGCAACUAAGUCAAAAAGAAUAUUCUUACUGUGUAUGUGAGAUCCAUAUCGAAAUCAGAUCAUUUGAGAAGAAUUGCAGUUUCACUGUUCAACUUCCUAGAUAAGGAUUAGAAUGGCUAUUUAUCCUUUGAGGAGAUGCUUUACAAGAUUAUUCCAGGGGCAACUAAAGAACACGUGAAUAAAAUGAUGGCCUGGGUCAAGGAAGAAGACGAAGUCACUAUUAAGGCUGUGCUUAAUUAUAAAAUGCCUUAGCUGCAGUAAAAGAAAACUGACUAAAAGGUAUUAAGCUUCCAGCAGAUGAGAGACUAUAUACAUGUAUUUGUGAAUAUCGACCAUGAUGUGGAUGGUUUCAUAAACAUAGAAAAUUUUAGGAAGUGCUUCUCAACUGUUAUGAAUACUAAGCAGAUACACGAUUUGUUCUGGGAUCCGAUCCUAAAUGAUUUCAGGAAGAUAGAAAUCAACGAGUUUCUGGAGAUAAUGAAGCCUAAGGAGUGCGUGAUUAGCAAAGAAAUACUGAAUAGUCAGGUUAAAGAGUAUCUAAGAUAAUUAACUGAACAGAAAAAAGGUGAGCUGAUUGAGAGAGGAUUACUAAAUCCAAGUUCUAUGAAGAAAUCUGUGAUUAAGGAUAAAGGGUCUAAGUUGAAUGCUAUUGAAUAAACAUAAGAGACAUUACAGUCCAAGAAAUCGGUAGAAGAUAGGCUUAAGACGUUAUCUGUCGACGAGAAAAAAAUGACUUCGAAGUAGACUAUGAUUUAUCACUCUCUGGGAGUCAUUGUGAAUCUAUUGAUUCUUUCAGCCUUUGGAAAUCAAAUCUAGAAUAAGGAGAAAUCUGUGUCAUGUCAAUAUGACGAGGACACAGAUCAGGUAUACAAUAAAAACUAUGAUUUCCAAUACAAGAAUGUUUCAUUCAGAUACAACAUGCUUUUGAUGAUAUUUACGAUUUUCCACUUGCUUGAGCUAUAUAGAAGCACUUUGACAUUACUGAAGUUAAGAAUUUAGAACAGAAAAGAUUCUUAUUAUUUGAUUAAGAUGAUUUCAAUGUUUGAUAAAGACAAUUCAAAUAAAGAGCAGCUGCUAUCAUCCAGUGCCCUAGAUUAGAAUCUGUAUACUGAUCCAAAGACAGGUAGAAACUAUAUAUCUAAUAAACACUUUAAGGAUGAAAUUCUUAUCAUAAGGAUUGAGGGCUAACUUAAAUAUCUUCAAAUGAAUGAUAUUCUGUUUUUCAUCGGAUUCUUUGCAAUGCAUAUGAUUCUAUUUGACAAAUCAUCAGAUUUAUGCUUAUAAAAUUUCCUUCCAGUAAGAGGUACUUUUCUCUCAUUCAUGCUGACAUUUUAUUGGAUGCUGAUAGGCACAUUCAUGUGUGCAUGUAUCAGUUACCGAUGCUUCUUAGCUAGAGACGAUUAUCUUACAAGAGUGAGGGACUUAGAUUUCGAAGAUUUGGAGCUAAUAACAUCAUUAGAUUUUAAGAACGAAAUUAAAUUGAUUAGUCAACCUCCUAAGAAAAAUAUACUAUGA